AUGGGCCCCUGUACCGCCUCCUCAUGCUGCUGCCAGGCCCGUAAUCUGCCAUGGGCCCCCGUACCGCCUCCUCAUGCUGCUGCCAGGCCCGUAAUCUGCCAUGGGCCCCCGUACCGCCUCCUCAUGCUGCUGCCAGGUCCAGAGUCUCUCAUGGGUCCCUGUACGGCCUCCCAUUGCUGCUGUCUCCAUCGCCACACUCUGCCAUGUGCCACUUUUAGGUCUCCUCACACUGCUGGUGGGUUCCAUUUUUGCCAUAGGGUGCUGUAUGGCCUCCCAUUGCUGCUGCCUCCACCGCCACACUGUGGCUCCACACUCUGGUUUUGGCCCCGUGACUGCCCAAAUGAGUAAAGUGUGCGGUGAUUCUAAGAUCGACGGCACUCAUCUGCAUGUCAGACUGACUGACAGUAUUAUUUCUCUUCCCCAGCAGACUCCAAGGGCAUUUAAAUUAAAGGUACAGUGUUCUGCACUAAUAUGA